AUGGGGGACACGAAGGUGGAGACUAUCUCGAGAUUAGCUCAAUGGAGAAUUGAAAACUUUGGACCUUGCUCUUUCAAAAAAUCCGAUCCUUUCAAAGUUGGAAUCUGGAAUUGGCAUCUGUCUAUAGAGAGGAACCGUUACCUAUCCGUUAGACUCUUCCCAGAACUAUCUCGUGUAUCCAAGGAACAACCUCCUUAUGCUAGAUUUGUUCUUCGUGUCUCCAACGUUGGCCCUAAUCGUAGAUUAUACAUCUCUCCCGUGUAUGAGAAAAUACUGCGUACAACUGAUGAUUGUGUGUGGCAUGUGGACUCAACCUUCCACGGUCGUUUCACCAUUGAUGUUGAGUUUCUUGAUCUCAAAAUCUGCUCUUUGAAUGGUGGUGAAGCUUCACCUGUUUGGCCAACCGAUACAACAAUGCAAUCAAUCUCAACUCAAACCACUCUCAAAUGCUUAUCCCGUAUGCUAGAAGAAAACAUCCUCUCCGAUGUAACCAUCCACACAUCCGGCGGGACGCUCUCUGCUCACAAAGCCAUCCUCUCCGCUAGCUCCAACGUCUUCAAAAGCAUGUUCCAUCACGACCUCAAGGAAAAAGAGUCAUCCACCAUCCACAUCGACGACAUGUCUAGAGAGUCUUGCAUGGCUCUGUUGAGUUACCUCUACGGUAACAUAACACAAGAAGACUUCUGGAAACACAGGCUCGCGCUUCUAGGAGCUGCCAACAAGUACGAUAUCACGGAUCUGAAAGCGGCCUGUGAGGAGAGCCUGAUGGAAGAUAUAAACUCGGGGAAUGUGCUGGAGAGGCUGCAAGAGGCUUGGCUUUAUCAGCUGGAGAAAUUGAAGAAAGGGUGUUUGAUGUAUUUGUUUGAUUUUGGUAAGAUUUAUGAUGUCAGAGAGGAGAUCAGCAGUUUCUUCAGGCAGGCUGAUCGUGAGCUGAUGCUUGAGAUGUUUCAGGAAGUGUUGUCUGUGUGGAAACCGGUUUAA